AAGUGAAUGGACGGAAAGCAUUGUGACAUGGAAAUCAGCGAGUUCAGUCGUUAGCACUAUGGGAUGCUGGUAAUGGAAGGAUCUCCCUGUCAAACCUUGAAGGAACUGGAGCAAUACAUUGUGAAAGAUGCUCCACCUACUGUUUACUAUAUUCCGGAUUACAUAACUGAGGCAGAAGAGUCUUAUCUUUUACAGCAGGUGUACAAAGCCCCGAAACCCAAAUGGACCCAACUUUCAGGGAGACGUCUCCAGAACUGGGGCGGGUUGCCCCAUCCAAAAGGCAUGCUGGUGGAGAAGCUUCCUGAUUGGCUGCUGCACUAUGCUAAGAAAAUAUCCAACCUAGGUGUAUUCGCUGGGAAGACUGCCAAUCAUGUCUUGGUGAAUGAAUACAAUCCUGGGGAGGGGAUAAUGCCUCAUGAGGAUGGGCCUCUUUACUUCCCCACAGUAACCACCAUCAGCCUUGGGUCUCACACUCUCCUGGACUUCUACCAUCCAGUCAGCACUGUGCAGGAAAGCGUCCCUCAGACGGAGCAGAGUCGAUACCUGCUGUCCUUGCUGGUGCAGCCCCGUAGCCUGCUGGUCCUCCAGGACGACAUGUACACCCACUUCCUCCACGGCAUCCAGGAGGUCGCCCAGGACACCCUCACUGACAGGGUGGCCAACUUGUGCGCCACUGGUGCCUCCCCCGGGGACUGCCUGCCUCGAGGCACCAGGGUUUCCCUCACAAUACGGCAUGUCCCCAAAGUUGUUAGAGCGACCUUGCUCCUGGGCAAGAGGUGAAGAAUAAGACUGAGAACAUGACUUGAAGGAAUGGACUUGUGGGUCAGUCAAGAACCCAGACUAGAGUAAGUUAUAGCCAGAGUUGCAGAAGACUUGAUGUUUGAUCCACGCAGUGAACGUAUGUAUUUGUCUUCUACACCAGUGCAUGCUGGGAAAUUUGCCUUCAUCAUUAUGCUUUCAGCAGGCCAGGGAGCAACAUGUUUUGGAGACAGAUUACUUUCUGCUGAGACAAUGGUGGCACUGCUCAUAGAUGAAUCUAAAUGAAAUAAAGGUGGCAAUUUGGAGUGUUUAUCUAUGUAUAUGCCGUCUCCCUCCUGAAUGUUGAAGAAUGCUCUGCUAUGGAAACAUCCUAAAAUACUAACU